AUGGAAGAGCAGCUCGUCCGUCUCCUUGCCGACACGCAAUCCCCGCAGGACGCUCCGCGCAAGCAGGCGGAGCUGCAGCUGGAGCAGCUCUAUCCCAAUGAGGCCUUCCCGCUCGGCCUCGUCACCGUCGCCUCCCACGACUCGGUCCCGCUCGACAUCCGUCAGUGUGCCCUGCUAACUCUGCGGAAAUACGUCGUCUCGACAUGGUCCGCCCAGUUUGACGAGUUCAAGGGCCAGCUGGUCGCGAGCGAGGAGACCAAGAGCCGGCUGCGGCACUCGCUGCUCGAGCUGGCCACCAGCAACUCCGACGAGCGCAAGAUCAAGACGGCCGCCAGCUACGUCGUCAGCAAGAUCGCUUCCGCCGACUUCCCCGACCAGUGGCCCGACCUGCUGCCCGGCCUGUUGAACCUGAUACCCAAUGCCACCGACGCCCAGCUGCACGGCGCCCUCAAGGUGCUCGGCGACCUUAUCGACGAGUGCUUCAACGAGGUCCAGUUCUUCCAGUCCGCCGGCGAGCUCGUCAAGACCAUGUACGCGGUUGCCACGAGUGCCCAGCGGAAGCCGUCGCUGCGUGCUCUCGCCGUUGCCGUCUUCCGCAGCUGCUUUGACACUCUGGAGAUGGUGAUGGAGGACCACAAGCAGGCUGUGAAGGGAUUCGCAGACGAGACGCUGAGCGUGUGGCUGCCCUUUUUCAUUGAUGUUCUGAAGACCAAGCUCCCGAACGCGCCGUCCGAGGAUGAGAGCUCCGAAGCAGCCGAGAUCUGGAGGGGUCUCGUGGUUUUGAAGCUGCAGGUUGUUAAGGCACUUAUGAGAAUACGCUCCGUUUUCCCCUCGACCCUUUCGCCCCAUAGCCCGGUUCUUUUCUCCGCUACGUGGGAUGAGCUUUCGUCGCUGCAAGGCGCAUACCACCAGAUGUACAUCGAGGACGACAGGCAAAGCAGGCUGGAAGAUGCCGACGGCCUCCCCUAUACCCUGGACUUCCUUGUCCUCGAAGAGCUAGACUUCAUGCAGGCAUGCCUGAAGGCGCCGCCGGUCCGCAAGGAGCUCGAGUCCCAGCUGCAAGCGCAAAGCGGCACUGGAGCGACCUGGGUUACCGAGGUUAUGAAGCUUGCCGUAGCAUAUGCUCAGAUCACUACUGAGGAGGAGGGUCUGUGGAAUUUGGAUGUCAACAUUUUCCUCUCUGAGGAGACCAGCGUUACUGCUAACUACACUCCCCGUACGGCUUGCGGAGACCUCGUCAUCAAGCUUGGCGAAUGGCAAAGCGCAGCAACCGUCGAGGGCCUGCUCUCGUACACUCGCUCUCUGUACUCCACAGACCAGACCUGGAAGGCAAAGGAGGCUGCGCUCUAUAUCCUCAACCAGAUGCUCGGCGACUUCCAGGAUGUCGACCGCCAGGUCAGCGCCGAAGCUGCUACCGGCUUCAUCGACUUUGUCAGGUACGCUAUGCAGCAGCAGGAGGAAUUCUUGCGUGCUCGCGGUUAUCUGGUCGCUGGCAGUCUUACCAGGACGUCCGGUGAUGCGCUGCAGCAAAUGGCUGUAUCGUUCAUGGAGGCCUCCCUUCAGGGUAUCACCAAUGACGAGUCGGAUGUGGUCAAGGUCGCCUGCAUCAGAGCACUCCAGCAUUACCUCUCGGCACUUCCCCAGGCGGCCACGCUGCCCUUGCAGGGUGCAGUCAUCAACGCCAUCUCAUCCUAUCUUAGUGCUCAGGACCUGAGCGAACUUGCCGACAGUGACGAUUUGAUGGUAACCCUUGUGGAGACCCUCCGCGAUGCCAUUCUGCUCGACACCCAGGUCUGCCUUAAUGGAUCUGGUCUGGAUCUUCUUUUCACCAUUGCUAGCCAUGGAGCAAACAACUUCCAGCUCACCAUUCUGGUCAGCGAGACUUUCGAGGAGAUCACCGAGACUCUGGCCGCCAAUGGCCCCGAGACCUUUACCCGCUUGUGCCAGAAGGUCCUCCCCUCGCUCACUGGCGCCUUUGACGUUGGUACUUUGACCGAGGAGAAUGCUCUUACCAACCUCGCUGCUGAGCUGCUCUCCGUCCUCACUGAGCACGGUUCCGAACCCCUCCCGCAAGGCUUCGUGUCUACUGUCAUGCCCAAGGUGAACCGUGUGCUUCUGGGCUCCAAUGAUGAGGAACUGCUCAGGGCUGCCACGUCUGCUGUCAAGAACAUUCUUAUCCAUGACCACCACCAGCUGUUUGAGUGGCAUGACGAGACUGGCAAGGGUGGCCUCGAGGUUGUUCUUGUGAUCAUCGACCGGCUGCUCAGCCCCAGCGUUGACGACAACGCCGCUGCCGAAGUCGGCGAGCUUGCUGCCGAGGUGGUGGAGAAAGCUGGAUCCGAGAAGCUUGGACCUGCUACGCAGGCGCAAUUCAUUCAGAGCUUAACCCUUGUUUUUGCACGCCUGUCUUUGGUCAAUGCUCAUGAGGUCGUGGACUUCCUUGCGAACACUCAGAUUGGUCAACAGAAUGCCCUGCAGGUUGUCAUGGCCAAGUGGCUCGAGAACUCGAUCAUGUUUGCUGGCUACGACGAAAUCCGGCAGAACGUCAUCGCCCUUUCGAAACUCUAUGAUCUCAAUGACGCUCGUUUGGCUCAAGUCAUGGUUAAAGGUGAUCUCAUUGUCCCGCAGAGCGAUCGUAUUAUGACCCGAUCCCGUGCCCGACAGAAUCCCGACCAGUACACCAUGGUCCCAGCUACGCUCAAGAUCCUCAAGGUUCUCGUCGAGGAGCUGCUGUCCGCCAGCGGCAACAUGCAGAACGUCAACGCAGCUGGCGCCAACGACCUCCCUGACGAUGUGAGCGAUGAUGACGACUGGGAGGAUGACGACAACGAGCUGGAUCUCGGAGCCGGCGUCACCAAGGCUGAACUCAUGGCAUACGGCGCCGAUGACGGCUUCGGCGGCCGCCAGCGUGACGACGAGACCCAAGCCUACCUCACCAACUUCUUCCACGAGGCAGCGCAGAAGCCUGGCUUUAACGAGAUGUUCGCGGCGUUGACGCCGCAGGAGCAGGAGAAGCUCAGGUCGAUGAGCUAA